ACCAGAGGGUAAUGAUGAAUAGCCAGGGUAUUGAUGUCCAAAUGGCUUCACAGGAAGGAGCUCUCGCUAUGGCACAAGCUGCUCAAGUCGCAGCGGCACAGGCAGCUGGUAUGGGCGGAGUCCAUAACGGAGGCCCUCACCCUGGACCCACUAUCAAUAACAUGAUUCCUCCGCAGUGGGCUGGUCCUAAUCCGUCUCCUCCAAUAAUACAUCAACACGUCAAUACUCCACCCCCUGCUCCGCCCAUUCAUCAUGACCUCCCUCCCACGCAACAGUCCUUCAGUGUCGUUGCUACGGUAGUAGGCAACGUUAGUGCUCCAUCCACUCAACCAAUCACCAGUAUGACCUCGGCUGAUGUUAAUUCGAACUCAAUACGUCCGCCGUCCAAUGGCCAGUUACCUCACCAGUUGGUGGGCGGUCCCAAUGAUCAUUCUGCCGCUGCCGCCGCCGCUGCUGCUGCCCUUGCGGCCGCUGCUGCUACAGCGACGGCUACAGCGACUGUAACGGCUCAACUCAAGAACGAGCAUUUACCAGCCAUGCCUCAGGGUUCUCCUGCUCAAUACUCCUCUCCUCCUAAUUCUACUAGUCAUUUCUCGCAUGCUAAAGCCCCGCCUAGUUCGUUGCCUCACACGCCUACUUUAUCGGCCACGCCUCCUUUUCCUGCUCUCCCCAAAAGCAUCAAUCCCGGGCCCGGAAGACCGGCCACUCCUACUGCAGUUAGAACGCCGACGAGUGUGAUGACGCCAACUGAGCCAAACUUUAACAAAGACCCACAUGUUUUUAAUCAUGGAGGCGUGGCUAAUCCGAUCCUAUCGAACCCCUUGAGUCCACUCGUACAACCGAAGCAGGCUUAUUCUACCCCGCCUCCUCCUCAGUCUCAAGGGGCGUGGCCUCAAGCAUCUCCACAGCAACAGCCGAUGCAGUAUCAGCAGUACUCACCACACCCCCAGAAUACUCCUCCUCCUCGGCAGCAGCAGCAGCAACAACAGAUGCAGUUUCAGCAGUAUCCUUCAGGGGGUGUGGCUAGUUAUCCUCCUAAUUAUCCCAACAUUAAGGGCGACUCUAAGCAUUUGCAUAAACCUUUGCACCUCAAGCAAGUUUGUCAACCAACCCACAACUACCUUGAGAUCACAGUUACUGCCUGCUGUUGUUCUCAUUUGUUUGUGUUACAGUUGGUACAUAGGCCCUCAGUUGGUUCUGUCUUGCAAGGUUUACUAAGAAAGCGUCUUUUACCAGCAGAACACUGUGUGGCUAAGAUCAAGAGGUGGUUUCAGAGCAAUAACGAUGAUAGCAUACAGCAAACUGGUAUCCUAGUCUCUUUGAAGUGUCCCAUUACUUUUAAGAGGAUACAGCUACCAGCCAGAGGAGCUGAUUGUAAACAUAUACAGUGUUUUGACUUGCAGUCUUAUUUACAACUCAACUGUGACAGAGGUACGUGGAGGUGUCCGGUUUGCAACAACAGCGCACAGCUAGAAGGACUUGAGGUGGAUCAGUAUAUAUGGGGAAUACUCUCUGGAGUCAAUAACAACAAAAUGGAGGUGGAGGAGAUAACGAUCGAUCCUAGUGCCAAUUGGAAAGCACAUUCCAGAGAGACUGAUGAAGAAGAUGGUCCUGUUUCCAAAAGAAUGAAGAAUGAAACUCCUGGUACUCCGAAAACACCAGCCUCCAUUAAAAAGCCACACUCAAACCCUCCCCCUCCUCCCAAACAAGAGUUACCUCCUAAUCUACCACCGCCCCCACACUUAAUUAGCAACAAUGCCCCUCCUCUUCCUCCUCCUCCAUUGCCUCUGCCUCCAGGCCUCAAUGGGAGCAGUAAUAACUUAAUGAAUAAUAAUAAUAAUAGUCAGCAAGGCGGCCCUCCAACUCAUCCACAGCAGCAGCAACAGAUGUCUAAUAUCGAUGAUAAUUUAGAAAAUCUCAAGGAGAUACUGGAUAAUAUUGGUGAUCCACAUUUUUUUGAUAAUUUAUCAACUUCUGGUGAUCAGUCCCAUUCAAAUGAACUGUUGUCAAUAUUGGAGAGCUAGCUCGUUCAUUAAUAAUCCUUGCUGAUUAUUAAUUAUAAUAAUAAUUAUUAUUAUUAUGUGUAUAAUAAUAUUAAUGACCAAUUUCCGACUUUCUAUACAAAAUGAUUGUUUACUUUCUUUCUCAAUUUUUGUACUUAUUAUUAUUAUUAGACUUCAUUAUUAUUAUUAUUAUUAUUAUUUCUAUUUUGUCUUUUGUGUCUCAAUAUUAUUAUUAUUAAUUUGUAUCAUUUUCAUUUUUUCCAUUUCUAUUAUUUAAAUAUAAACCCCU